AUGUUUCGUCUCACCCCUACAGUGACGGCGAGCUCUAGCUCUGUUCGCGUGCGAGCUUCACGGGCGAGCAAGUUCCGCCCUGGCGAGCCAUUUCCAGAAGUUUUGCAGAAGACUAGUCGCCGCAUCAUUAUGAACGACCGCGGGCGACAUGCUAUUACGCAGGUCAUACCGAGCUUGCAAGGGGAUGCGUCCACUCAGUCUCCUCCUGAUCUUCCAUCCUUCAUUUUCAAAGAGAGGAUCGUUUACUUGGGCAUGACCCUUGUACCUUCAGUGACAGAGUUGAUUCUUGCCGAACUGCUCUACUUGCAGUAUGAAGAUAAGAAAAAGCCAAUACAACUGUACAUUAACUCGACAGGGUCUUCGAAGGAUGGGCAAAAAUAUGGGUAUGAUACUGAGGCGUUUGCUAUAUAUGAUACAAUCCAGUAUGUAUCUCCUCCUGUACACACCAUAGCAGUAGGAACAGCUUGGGGUGAGGCUGCGAUGUUGUUGGCUGCAGGUAGUAGGGGUAAUCGCGCGGCGUUGCCUUCUGCCAGUAUUAUGUUGAAGCAACCAUUGAGCGCUUUUCGUGGACAGGCAUCUGAGUUGGAAAUUCAACGCCAGGAGAUGCGAAAUACUAAAAGACAAAUGCUGGAGAUAUUAGCGAAGACGACCGGCAAGGACAUCGCCACCGUUGAAAGCGAUAUAAAUCGCCCUCUUUACUUCGACCCUACCGAAGCAGUGAAAUAUGGCUUGAUAGACAAGGUACUAUCGGACUAG